AUGCGGAAUCAGUCAGAGGAGCUGGAGGAAAAGGCCGCCGACUGGGCGAUUAGGUCUAUUUAUUCCCUCCGAUUAAGGAACCCAGAUAUGGACAUUUCCAACCUCCCGGAGGGGUGGCGAGAGACUUUACGGAUUAUGGCGGAGGAAGACGAUCAGGCAGCAGCGGCCACUCGACGAUCCGACCAGUGCCCAUUUCCCAAGCUGAUUUCACGCGAAUUGGAGCAGGGGAGCGGACACGUGGAGGCUCCAGGGCGCUUGACAGGCUUGACGUGUGCUUACCGUUCUGACGAGAGCAGGCCACGUUUCGCCACGCGACUCCACGUCAGCUCUCGGUUUCCCAGGCAUAACACAUACCAACAAACAUGCCUCGAUGGCUUUGACAGUGAACCUAACACUUUCAAGGAUUUCGUGAAGGAUAAUACGUUAGAUUCUACCAAAAUGACGAGCAAUGCUUUGUUUAUUUUACAUGAAUGGUCCAAAAUACUUGUAUGCAUUGAUUCCAAUCUCAAGCCAACUAAUAAUCGCCGCCUUCUUAAAGUUGACAAUGAUAAGUAUCCCUCCUGGUUCUCGGCUUCAGAUCGUAAGCUUUUGGAAUCUGUGGCUAUGGACAAUGAUACAGCACACGCUGUAGUGGCUAAGGAUAGCAGUAGAGAUUACAGUAGCAUUCAGGAAGCUAUUGAUGCCUACCCAAAGGACUUACAAGGCCGAUAUGUCGUAUACGUUAAGGAAGGAACCUACAAUGAAAGCGUUACAGUGUCUGAAAUAUGUACUAAUAAUGCAGCGGCGAUAGGAACGGGGUUCAUUGCGAAGAGUAUGGGAUUCAUGAACACAGCCGGCUCUGAUGGACGCCACGUCGUGGCUCUCCGUGUCGCAUCCGACUAUUCAGCUAUCUUCAACUGCAAGAUUGAUGGUUACCAAACCUCUUUGAAGUCCAAUAAUAACGAUGAAAAGUACACGGUGACAGCUCAAGGAAGAAGCAUAAGACAACAAACCACUAAAAUGGUUAUCCACAAUUGUACCAUUGUCCCCGAUAAAAGGCUCUUCCACGACAGGUUAAAGGCCCAAGUAUACUUAGGUAGGCCAUGGAAAGACCAUGCCUCAACUAUUUUCCUGGAAAAUACCAUGGGCGAUUUCAUUGAUCCAGAAGGAUUUAUUAGUUUCAAGGAAAAUUUUGCUCAAGACACCUGUAUAUACUAUGAGUAUGGCAAUCACGGCCCUGGUUCCAAUAGAGGCAAGAGGGUCAAGUGGUCUGGUGCUAAAGGAAUGAGCAAGGCUCAGGCUCAAGCAUACACUGUUUCGAAGUUAUUGAAGAGUGACCAAUUUUUGGAUGACGUUGGAAUUCCUCACGCCGGACUCAUCUACUGA